AUGUUUUUGAAAUUCGGUCUAUUCCUCCUAUUCGCCUUCUUAUCGCCAACUUGUGGCUUCAAACUGCUUGGAUGCUCGUAUUGUGCGACUCCAUCUGUCUCCUCGAUUCAGAAAGCCGUUUAUGAACGGGGUCCUGCGCCCGACAAUUUGCUGUGGUACCUGAUGCCGACCGAAUCCUGGGAAGAUUCUACUAUCUUCACGGAAGACUGUGGUAACGACCGGGGCAUG